AUGUUCAGGAGCAACAAUACGAGCAAUAAUGGACUCAAUAACAAUGAAGAGACCAGUAGCAUCCAUGGGCGCAAUGGCAGCUUCCUGGCGGACCUGCCAGCACCCAUCCAUCGAUAUGUCUAUAGAGGUCGACAGCAGCUGGAGGAUGUCUACAAUCGGGAAUUUGAUCGGUUUUCGCAUGAUCAAACUGGGCAGCUCAGUCAGUUCGUGCUGUUCUCGAAUAUCGACGAACAAACCUUUGCGCGCGACUUCCGUGAAAGGACAGUGAGCUGGACUUCAUACAGUGCAUACGAGCAGUUACUUCUCAUCAAAAUGGUGACUGACGAGCAUGCGGCGGCUUCCGAGGCCUUCCACGACAUCCUUAUGGAUGCUAUACGGCCCAUGGGUCUGGCUAAAGCAGUGAAGCGUUUUGGGGGUGCCAGCCGCCCAGGAAAACAAGCCGACAAGGCCUAUGGACCUCAUCGACCACCGCCAGGCUGUGACCGAUACUGGCCCACUGUCGUUUUGGAGGUGGCUGUCUCUGAGCCUGCAUCUAAGCUCACGAGCGACAUUCGUCACUGGUUCGGAAAGUCAGAGGGCAAAGUCAACAUUGUCCUGACGAUUCGUGUUGAUCGUAAGAGACCCUUCAUCGCCAUUGAAAAAUGGGAGAUGGCCGAGGAUCGCAUGAACCGCACACAGGUCGUCGAGCUUUCAAAGAGGAAGAAGGGUGACGAGAAGACCACCGUGUCAGGCGCCCCGCUUCUCAUAGAAUUCGACAAGCUGUUUCGACGUGCACCCGAGCCCCCCAGGGAAUCAGACAUUCGGAUGGGCCAGGAUGGCCUCAGUGAACUGGCAUCUUCGGUCUGGGUGGAGCAGGAGUUUUAG